CUUGUAGCACGCACUCCUGUGCUUGCGGGUCCCUUAGAAACCCUUCAAUUACAGGGGGAGACACCCGAUGGAGGAGACGAAAAUUCUACAACAGUUAUAUGAUUUCACUCACCAACACUAUCCGGCACAAAAUCUCCACCCAAAACCAUGACCAGACCCACAACCAUCCCUCCCAAAGAGGCCAUUCUCUCAACAUUCGACAGCCUAGUAGCCGCAGGAACAAUCUCCUUUGGCCCCUAUCGCACCAUCAAAUAUGAUGCAGGUGGAUACCCACUCGAGUUCCGGGUAUGUCCCGCCUUCUCCCGCAAGCCACACACCAUUGGCGCGAAACUAGAUCCCAUCUACACCAACCUUCAGCAAUGGGGUCCAGGCAGUGAUCUGUUCUUGUCUGAUCCGCGCAUGAAGCUUGCCCAGCUGAACGGAACCCACGACCUCGCAUUCAACAUGUUCUGCACCGACCGCCCGCAAUUCCUCAUCCUAACACUAGACUCCUACGCCCGCCAGUCGGAGCUCCUCGACGCAGCUGACUUCCAAGCUGCCCUCGAUAUGCUGCACAUCCCCGGCGUCGGGUCUGAACUCUAUGUAAUCUUCAACGGCGGAGAAGAAGCGGGUUGUAGCCGGGUGCACAAGCAUCUCCAAGGCCUUCGUGGCCCUCCCCCAGCUUUUAGUAAUUUCGUGCAAGAGGGGCUGAGGGCGAGUGUGCCGUUCCAAUUCUUCGCACAUCAAUUCUCAUCAGGAUUUGCGAGUGUGAGGGGGGAGCAGAUGGCGAGCGUUUAUGCAGGGUUGAUCUCGAAGGCGAAAGACGCACUGGGCCUUCCGGAGAGUGCGAGUGUGGUCCCGCACGGGAUGUUCAUGUGGAAGGACUGGCUGGUUGUGAUUCCAAGACGGAAAAGUGGGAUCGAGGAUACGAGAGCUAGUGCGGCUACGGCGGGAAUGCUGGGGUCUGUGUGGUUGAGCGAGGAGGGGCCGGUGGAGGAUUGGGUGAGGCUGGGGCUGAGAGAGGUGCUGGAGGGGCUUGGGGUGCCGCCGUAA